AACACUUAUCCAUCAUUAAUUAAUUAUUAGAUUAGUAUAAAUAACCACUCCAAAUCCCAAACCCUCAAUUCAUAUCAUCAUCUCUAUCUCAUAUUCUCCAUUACAGAGCUCGAGAAGAAAUCAAUGGCGACGAAAGUGAGGCCUAUAGACGUGAGAGCCAUGGACGAGCAGCUCAAGCACCACCUCGAGAAGCUCCUCAGCGCCGGGGGCGGGAGCAGCAGCCUCCCGAAGAUGACGAGGCACGACGUCCCGCCCCGCUUCAUGACGGAGAACGGGCGGCGCCCCGAGGCGGAGGAGGGGAAGCCCCGCGGGGAGAGGCAUCCCCCGUUGCCCGCUGACGGGUGGGAGUUGGACCCCAAGAAGCUCAGGGUCAAAAGCGUCAUCGGUCAGGGCUCGUAUGGAUAUGUCUACCGCGGCACCUACGACGGCCGGGAUGUCGCCGUGAAAGUAUUAGAGUGGGACGACGAAAAGAAAAAACGCGAGAUCGAGAGAGAUUUCAUUCAAGAAGUCUCCGUUUGGUAUCAACUUGACCACCCUAACAUCGCAAAGCUGAUUGGAGCCCUGAGGAGUUUAUCACAAGUGAAGAUCAAAUCCAAACACGGCAUAAGGUUGCCAAAGACUGGCUUUUGCAUAGUGGUUGAGUACCUUCCACGUGGCACUCUCCAAUCAUAUCUCUACAGGAACCGGUCCUCCGAAAAACGUCCCCUAAGUGUUGCCCUUCAAUUCGCCAUUGACGUUGCCAAGGGAUUGAGCUACCUUCACUCCAAGAAAAUAGUCCACAGAGACGUGAAGACGACGAAUCUGCUCCUCGACAAGAGCGGUAGGGUGAAGUUUGUCGAUUUCGGGGUUUCUCGGCUCGAGGCAGCCAACCGUAACGAGAUGACCGCAACCACCGGCACGGUGGGGUACAUGGCGCCGGAGGUGUUUGAUAAAAGGGCAUAUGAUCACAAAUGUGAUAUCUACAGCUUUGGCAUUUGCUUAUGGGAGAUUUACCACUACAUGUUCCCAUUUCCUGACUAUAACCCCAAACAUCCUUACCCAGCUUCUGUCUACAAGAUUCUGAGGCCUGAGAUAGCUGUGUCGUGCCCAUCGGCCCUAGCGAACGUGAUGACGAUGUGUUGGGACGUGAACUCGAGGAAGCGGCCGGAGAUGGAGACGGUGGUGGAGAUGCUAGAAGCGGUCAGAGCGUACGAGGAUGCCUCGGCGAAGCAACGUCUGAAGAAGAUUAAUAGCGUCGCCGGGUUCUUCUGCCUGCAGCCUCGUGCAAAAGCUUCCCCAGAAGUAGCUGCAGCCUAGGGUUCGUUGGAGGUAGAUUACAUAUAUGCAUGAUGAGAAGAAUAAUGAAGGAGGUGGAAUGAGUUGAAUUUAAUUACUUAGGAUUUUGGUUGUGUUGGGGCUCAUCUUCAUGCAGAUCAAUAUAAUGUACGUAGACAUAUUUGCAUGGCGCCCUUUCAUUGUUUUCUUUUCAUGUGGAGUUGUUUGUGAUAAAUUUGUUUGUUUUGUUUUUUUCAGUAAUGAAUAAUUUGUAUUUUU